AUGGCCCCCCUGGCGAGCGAGCCGCGUCAGCUCCUCGUGGUCCUCAAUCUGGCUAAGCGCAAGGCGCUCUAUACACUGGUUGUUGAGAUCACGGCAUGGAUGCGGUCGCAGUUGGAGCUGCGCCAACCGAGCGAUGCCGAUGCCGAGGCCGAGGCCGGUGUAGCUCCGCUGUUUGUCUCUCCCGCUCUCGCGCCUGAUGAGGACGGCCGGCCCGUCGACGUCUCCGUCUUGCAGCGGAAGACACCGCCCAGCCCCGAACUUGUCCGGCUGCGGAAUGCCGCCCUCGCCCACUUCGACGCCUGGCGCAGGGAUGUCCUCGGCAAGCUGAAGGAGGUCUUGUCGCCCCCGGACGAUGCCGGAAUCGUCGAGGAACGCCGGAAGCGGACCGAGCGCAUCGCCCGGGAGCGGGUCGAGAUCCCCUCUUCCGGCGAGAACCUAAUGGAUCUGAGUGACUGGGGCCCGGGCGUUGAUGCUGUUGCCGAGGCCAAGGCGACACGGGCCCGAGACGUGGCCCGGCUUCAGUCCGAUUUUCAUGCCAUCCCUACGCGUUUAUUGACUAUCCCGCAAGAUGACCGAGAGGAGACCCUGAGCUGCCUGCUACUUUUACUGCUCUCAGCCGGCAGCUAUUCUGCCGACUCUCGCGUGCUGGCCGUCUAUCUGGCCUCGGCGUUCGAAAUCCCCCUGUCGAGGUUAAACACUGAGGAGACUGAGAUCGCCUGUUCGCUGGUUGAGACGUCGGCAGAGGCCGCACGGAAGCAAGCAAGCCCUUCCAUGUCGGCGGAUGCAGAAGCCGAAAAACGGAAGCAGCAAAAUCAGACCAGUCGGUACUGGAAAGUUGGCCUGGCCUCGGUUGCCGGCGCCGCCAUCAUAGGCGUGACAGGCGGUCUUGCGGCGCCAAUGGUUGCCGGUGCUAUCGGCGGUCUCAUGGGAUCAGUUGGUUUAGGUGGCGUCGCUUCCUUCUUAGGCUUGUUUUGGAUGAAUGGCGCGCUUGUGGGAACGCUCUUUGGGGCAUACGGCGCGCGCAUGACAGGAGAGGCUGUCGACCAGUAUGCUCGGGAGGUUGAAGACUUCCGCUUCUUACCCCUCAAGGACCAGCUGCGCUCCGGUAGUCCGAAAAGCAAAGAUGAAGCGAGACGUCUCCGGGUAACUAUCGGUGUAAAUGGCUGGCUCGACUCCGAGCACGACAUAAAGGCUCCCUGGCGGUCCCUCGGCGACGACACUGAGGUCUUUGCGCUGAGAUACGAGGUGAAGAGCCUGAUGGGGCUUGGCCAGUCGCUCAAAGACCUUGUCUCUUCAGCGGCAUGGAACUGGGUCAAGGUAGAGAUUCUGAAGAGAACUGUCCUGGUGACGCUCUGGGCUGCUCUGUGGCCAGUAUAUCUCUUGUCGAUGGCUUCGAGUAUCGACAACCCGUUCAGCCUCGCAAAGAACAGGUCGGAAAAGGCCGGCGAGAUUCUUGCAGACGCCUUGAUCAACAAGGUCCAAGGCGAACGACCAGUUACAUUAGUUGGGUAUUCUCUUGGCGCAAGAGUUAUCUACAGUUGCCUCCGAUCGUUGGCACAACGGCGAGCCUUCGGCCUUGUCGACACCGUUGUCCUCAUCGGAGCACCCAUCCCCUCCAACCGGAACCACUGGCAGAUGAUGCGCAGCGUAGUGUCGGGGAAGGUUUUCAAUGUCUGCUCUGAAAACGACUAUCUUCUCGCUUUCUUGUACCGCGCAACAUCUAUCCAGCUCGGCGUUGCCGGCCUACAAUCGAUUAAAGACAUCGAGGGCGUGGAGAAUAUCGACUUAAGCGAAGAGGUCGACGGGCAUUUGCGCUACCCCGAUAUCAUUGACAAGAUACUGUACCGAUGCGGGUUUCAAGUCGUCGAGGGUGCUGCCGGGCCGAUCGAGAAAGACGAGGGCGGGAUUAAGAUGGAGGAUAGCACUGCAGCUGGCGCCACGGGGACUUUGAUCGAGUUUGACGCUCUGGCCAUCACUGAACCCCCGAGACCGACACCAGAGCCUGCAGCUCCUCCCCUUGCGCAUAGCCCGAAACUAGCUACACAGCCGACGAGCCCAGAUCCCGAGCGGAAGCAGCGGACCGCCGUCACUAGAUGGGCGCCAUCAAACAUCUCAGCUAGCCAGAGCCCGCUGGGAACUGAGGUGCCGCCAGAUCCGCUUUCCCAGCUGCCCUCGACGGUGAACCUUCAUGCCGCUGGGGCCAUCGAUACCGCCCAGCGCUAUUUCCGUCCCGUCUACCCCAAAGACCACGCCUGGUGUAGACCGGUUCCCGCCUGCCUAUAA